AUGAGCUUUGUCACCCGGCGGGCGCUUUCGACGCUCAUUCCACCCAAGGUUGCUUCUCCUAAGGCAAUUGGUGGCGCUCCCGACGCUCUCCGUAUGCAACGCGUCGUCAGCUUCUACGAGAAGCUCCCUCGAGGUGCAGCCCCCGAAGCCAAGGCUAAGGGCCUCCUUGGUCGAUACCAAGCAAAGUACUUCGGCAAGAAAACUUCCGUCCAGCCUGUCAUCCAUGCGUUAGUUCUCCUAAUUGGCAUCGGCUACGCCCAAAAUUACUAUUUCCACCUCCUGCCAGGUGGUCCGUUAACCAUAAUUCGUGAACAGGACGGCCAAGCCCAAGACGGCCAACAUGAUCUAACCAAGGCAAACAGCGAUUCAACAUCGAACGGAGAUGAAAUAGCCAAUAAACGCGUUGGAAUCAUUGAAGAGCACACAAACUCUGCUGAUGUCAGUGUUAGCGGUGGAUCGGAUACCGAAGCUUCUCGUCAGCGGGAAGGAGACAAGGGCCAUGGUCGAUCGGCCUCAUCCGCUAAGAAGCCUACCACCUUCAAAGCGGUAUCUGUAAAUAAGACUUUCUUGGCUUCGAAGGGUAGCCCCAGCGGUAUCACUGCCAAACCAGUCUACAAGCCAGCCACAAGCUCGAAAACUCCUCCUCCGGGCUCCAGCGCAUUGUCUUCAACCCGACCACGCCUCAUUGCUAAGACUGGCAGUGGCACCCGAGAUUCGACACCCCGGUUUUCUUCUGUCGUUAACGGCUCCAAACCGGCGUCAACUCCCGAUCCAAAUGCUGUUUGGAACAAAAAUAGGCCCCCGGAACCCAAAAAGUUCACUGACGAAGAACUUAAAAAAUACGGAAUUCACAUGGCUAGUCGCCUCAACGAAGAUGAUGCACAGGGACAAAACAAGUGGGCAGAUAUUGAUGACGAUGACGAGGACUGGGCGCCUGAAGCAAUCACUUGGGGUGAUGGAACCAAGACUACUUUGCCACAUCUGGACGAGCCGCAACCUUCAAUCGACGAGAAAAUUUCUCUCCCCAAUAGGCCUCAUAUAAAGCCCAGCUCACCUGCGCCAACCGUACUGUCUGGGACGCCCAUGUCGAGACCUGGUGGUUUAGCGACGGGAAGGGGACUAGUAUUAAAACCUGCAUCCCAGGACAAACCAGCACUUGCCGCCAAACCGCCUGCAUCUACUACCCCGGCGAAAUCGCCUUGGGCUACAUUACCUCCCGUUGAUAGAGCCUCACCAGGGUUGGUUGACAACGCCUCAGGUCCCCCAAAUCAAACGAAGGAUAGUACGGUCCCGAAGACUUCAGUUUAUCUGCCAAAAGAGAUUGCCGCAGACGAUUUUAAUCGCUCGUCUUGGAGGGAUGGCUCUAAUAGGGAGUUAUACAAUUCGCAAUCUGGUCGCUAUGAACCGGUUUCCGAAAGACGGGGCUCAAUGAAAUCAGAAUCCCACCCCAAAUAUCCAGCUUUACUUCAGCGGGCACAUCCUUCGGAUCAAAGUAUGGAAACUCACGGGACACCGCACUCUGGACGUAUGCCACAAGACACCACUUUCACCAGACGUCGAGGAUCAUCAAGUGUUAGCACUGGAAGUGGAUUGUUUCCGCAAAGGCAGGGCAAAGCCACUGAUACGAAUGUGCCUCCUUUGCCACCGACGGAUGCUAUGGAACCAAGCAGAGCCUCUUUCUCAACAUCCAUGGAGAGCAUUGCGCCUUCAAGUGAGCCGGCUUCUUCCAAUGCAGCUGUCACCAAACAACACACAUCCAUGCAACGAGUGACAAAGUCUUCUCCUGGCAUGGCGCUCGCAACACCGCAGCCCAGUGGUGGUUUCUCUGAUUCGAGACCUAACCCCACCCAAAACACUAGUGACAGUAUCCUAGAUGAAGUCGAGUACCAGAAAAAGCUGAUGCGAGAACGUAUUGAGCUUGCCAGGAAGCGUCGCCAGGAGGAAGAGGCACGUGAAGAAGCCGCUAAAAGAGAACGCAUUCAAAAGAAGCUAGACGCACUGGGUCCUGCUCCUGAGAAAAGAAGCGGCAAAAAAGACGUUCCUCCAAAAAUCGACUCUGUUCAGCCAACCCAGAUCCAACAGCGUGAACGGCCAGCGCUAAACGAUCAGGAGAGUUCUGCAGGCGGAGACCUAUCUCCGGUGAGCGCCAUAUCGACCAUCACCAGCCAACCUGAUGGCCCAGUCGCCAAUUCUAAGGCUUCUAAGAGUCAAUCCACAACAUCAUCCGUGCCGGCGGCGGCGGGAAGUUCAAGGAGGCUCUCUCAUGGCCACGAACCGCGUCGCAGCGAGAUUUGGGGCGGGCCAGGUGCUCGUCCGGACAGGUUUCCGUCUUGGGGUGCCGGCGCGCCACCACCGUCGCGGAAUGUUUGGGGUUCUCCAGACAAUGACCGCGGAUUAGGGAAUGGUACAUUCAAUCCAGAUCUUGGCAGAGUUACCAAUGCUUCAGCGCAACAAGGACCCAAGGGACCAUUGCCAAUUGCGCCACCUAGUAGCACCGCAAGAGCGACUUCCCACGGCCAGGUUCAGUCUUCCCAAAUGCCUUCAAUCAGCUCCCAAAGCUCUCGGUACGAUACAACAGGAUCAGAGCUUGCCAGCAAGUGGGUCGCGUCUGUAGCAGAAAACGACAGGAAGUUGAGUUCUACGAGGCUAACUGAGAGAGUUGGUCGUGAACGUCAACUGAUGGAGAGGGGACUAACUAUGGAAGACACACAGCCAGCGAUCAAAGAUACCUGGCGCCCAAUUCAUGUUCCAGGGGAUGGCACUCGCCAUAAAAUUGGGACAGUGGAUGUGCAGUCUCAUCAACCGGCGCCGUGGAAAGCAAGUAAGGAUUCGUCUCAAAAAGGCAGUGGCUCUUUAGAGGAUUCAGUCCCUUCUGUUAACGCUGGCGUAAUUGGUUCUGGGGCACCGCCACAGUCGCGACCAUCAAGAUUCUUCCCUGCGAAAGAUGCCCGUCAUGAAUUGCCAAGCGGGCGGGUUCAUUCUCGUUCGCCAUCACCAACUCCUCCUCCACCUACGAUGGAAGGACACCCUGUGUACGAAGGAGACGUUAUGAGGCCACAUGUGUCUCUCCCGAAGCCUCAACCGGUUGUGAAGCUUCCUCCUACCUUGUUAUCAGCACAACAUCUCCCACCAAGGUCUAACAAUGCUUGGCCUAGUCGAAGUAACACAAAAGAUGUCCAGCGGUAUCAACACAGUCACGAUUUAUUACCAGACAGUGAGCAGGACUGGCAAGCCAGGUUCCAUAAAUUGUUCCACGGGGACAAGCCACCUCUGGGCAGGGAUACUACCGUCGACGUCUCCAGCAAAGGUGCGUUCGACCACCUCGGCUAUCAAACUUCAGCAACCGUUUCACUUCCUACAUUGUCACUAGCACAAGCCGAAUUUGGUUAUCACUCACUCAUAUCCAAACCCAUGGCCGAAGAGUGUUUUGAGGAGCAAGAGAUGGGCUCCCUACCGCAAAUACGCCUCCCACACAAGACGCCGGAAGCAGCAUGGCAACCAGCCAUGGCACAAGCUAAAACAUUGCCCAAAAGAUUCCUUGUUCAAGCGUCUAUCAUGGACCCCUUUGUAAUUCCUUCGAGUUCUCAGAUGGGGCAAAGCAUUAUCCAUGUUCAUUUUCCAGGAAUGAAGGAAACAAGGAUGGUGAAUCUACUCAUAUUCGAGGUGGCCGAGGAGGCCGAGGAGGCUAUCGUGCGAGAGCUUCUGACAGUUGGGCUCGACACCAUUCGCCUUAGCCGAGGGUCUUGGCUAAUACACACAGUCGCAAUUGCCGCUAUCCAAAUCACAGCCUAG